GUACAUAUUUGAUUGUCAAAGAGUUUUGAGCACAUAAAUAUUCCAAGUCGGAGAAGAAAACAGUUCCCAGAAAAAUAAUUUACAAAAAGGGUUCAGAAAUAACAAAUGAAUAUGUAGGAAUUUUUUAACAAAAACCAAUUUUAUGUGUGCAACAGCUAAUGGCUAAAAAAAUGUUUUAAAUUACAGAGUACAGAAAUCAGGAAGAAAACGAAGUGUGUAAAAGAAAUUCAUAUCUAAAAGGAAAAGCGUAAAAAAUAUAAAAAUAUUUGAAGUUUAUUUUCUGAGGAGUAAAAAAAUAUUAAAACAAAGAAAAAUAAACAAACCCCGUUGAGAAAAAUAUUGCUGAAGUCUGUUGAGAUAAGUGGCAAGUCGCUGUGAAUAAUUCAAAUAAAAAGUCGGUCCACUUAGCUAUGAGUAAUUAUCGUCACCAUGGAGGUGGCGGUGGCUACAGUGGUAUCGAAAUACGAAACAUGCAUCCAAGAAUCUCUCAGAAUUUUACAUACGUUAGUUCGUGUGUCAAGUAUUUAAUCUUCAUGCUAAAUUUCAUAUUUUGGCUAUCUGGUGGGUUGUUACUGGGCAUUGGUCUCUAUGCUUUUAUGGAUAAAUGGGAAGCCACAGGAUGGGUACGUUUAGAGACAUUUUACGAUGUAAUACUCAAUAUUUCAUUAGUAAUGAUGUUGACUGGAGUACUAAUUUCUGUGGUCAGUUUUGCUGGCUGCCUUGGUGCUUUACGAGAAAACACCUGUUUAUUAAAAUUUUAUACAAUGUGCUUAUUAAUGUUUUUCCUGCUGGAAUUGGCUAUUGCCAUAAUGGGAUUUGUGUUUCCGCAUAAUAUGAACUCUUUUCUAGAAGACAAAUUCACUGAUAAAAUUAUACAUUCAUAUCGCGAUGACCCAGAUUUGCAGAAUCUAAUCGAUUUUGCACAACUUGAAUUUAAAUGCUGCGGAUUAAGCAAUUCUGGAUACCAAGACUGGAGCAAGAACGAGUAUUUCAACUGCUCAUCACCAUCAGUGGAACGCUGCGGCGUCCCAUACAGUUGUUGCAUUAAUGCAACUGACAUCAGUUCGGGAUUGGUUAACAUUAUGUGCGGGUAUGGAGUUCAAGAGCAUUCAGUACCUGCAGCUAGCAAACGUAUUUGGACAAGUGGAUGCAUUGAGAUAGUUCGGGUUUGGGCAGAACGAAACUUAUAUACCAUUGCAGGUAUUGCGCUUGGAGUAGCGUUAUUACAACUUUUUAUUAUAUAUUUAGCUAAAACUUUGGAAGGCCAAAUUGAUCUGCAAAAAUCUCGUUGGAAUGCGUGAGUUUUUUAAAAUUAUGAUAGAUGGUGCGUUGACAGUAAGAAUUCUACCGAGUUUAUACAUUAUCGUGCUCAUAGUUAUUUAAAAAAAAAAAACUUUAAUGAAAAUGUCUUAAUACAAUAUUUUUUUCGACUCUCACGGCAGUCGGUUCUACGUAUCGGUUUUUUCCGACCCAGGGCUGUCUCUUUUCCGCAACUUAACCCCGUUUAGAACAACAUGUGAAUUUAGUCUAAGCACGUCACCAGAGCAACAAAUCCAUCUCAAUAUUUGAUGUUGAACCCUACAUUGGUUUGAUUUUUGGUGCGUCUGUAAUUCUUUUAUUUCGGUUAUAGGCAAGCAAUCAUGCUAUUCGCCUUUACGACUGUUGCAAAAAAGCAACACUGAUACCGACAGACCCUAAACCCUAAACACCAUUCAUUCAUAAAGUCUGUCAACAUCUAUAUAGACUUUUCUCUUAUUUGCUCCGAACCCCUCAGAUGAUCUUAGACUAAUUUUUGCCUGUUGCUAGGCGUGGUCGAACAAGUUAGCAAAAGAACAAAAAAAAAAAACAUAUUUGUUGCUGUUAUGGGUGAAAAAUAUAUUUAUAAUAUCGAAUCUAUAUAUUUUAUUAUUAUUUAUAUCAAAAAUGUUUGUACUGCAUGCAAGGCAUCAUUUCAUUAAACUAUGUUUCCACACAAAUUUUUUUUGUAAUAAUUGCCAUAGACUGCAGUAGCAUUCGGUCGAUGUUAUAUAAUAUUAUAUUCCUAUCUCAUAUUUAUUUUUUUCCGAAGAGCUUCGUAUACGCAAUAUUAUUUUUAAGUAUUACUUUUGACUACUAAAUUAUCAUUUUCAACUGGCUAAAACAGCUUAUCAAAAAACGUAACUCGAAACAGAUAUAUAUACUAGAUAACAAUGUGCUCGUUACAAUUUUGACUAUGGAGUUAUGAUAUUAAAAAAUCAAGAUUUUAUUUUUAUAAAAUUUGUUACUCCACAAAAAAUUUGUUAAGCAGAAUUCUUUUUUUUUGGUGUACUUUAAAGAAAAAAUGAAUGAAUGAUGAUUAAUGACUGAAUAUUAUAACUUCCAAAACAUUCAAAUUUUAUAAAGAGUAUUUAAUGCCACUCAUAUCUUUAUACCCACAUUAUUGUCUUUAAUUCAAAAUACUGUAUACAAAAGUGUUGACGUUGAAUUAUUGCUUAAAAAUUGUCAAAAAAAAAUUUAACUGACAUAAUUAAUUUAGGCCCAUUUAAACCAUAUAUUGUAUUAAUUUCUGUUAUUUUUUAUGCUGCGAGUGAUGUCAAUAAAUCAAUUUGAUUUUUAUUUAUAUUAACAAAAGAAAAAAAACAAUUAUUACCAUUUAAGCAAAUGGUCUAGUAAAUGUGUUCAUGAUAAAUACAAAAACUUUUUUUAACGAUUUUGAGUAUGAAAACUACAAAAUGAGAUUUUAUCUUUAUAAAACUUGUUGCCCUACAAAAGACUUAAAAGACAAAGUAACCAAAUCAUUUUACUAGAGAAGCAAAACUGUUUUUAUAUGUGAUUUAAUGUAAAGUAACGCUCUAAUAUUCACUCAACAUUACAGUUUGCGGACAUUUGCAAAAAUACUGUAACAUAUUUUGUGUAUUUACAUUAUUUUAAAGUAAAUACUUGCGCAUUACUAAAAUCGAAGACACUUUUUAUAUGAUAUCAUUUAUGCAAGUUCUCAUCAGCAUCAUUUUUUUUAUAUCACUUUUAAAUAUUUAUUACAGAUUUGAACAAAGACAAAAAUAAUCUGCUUUUAAAAAUAAAUACAUUUGUUUGUUGAUAGUUUGCCCAAAUAUCUGCGAGCAUUUCAAUAUUUUGUAAACACCGAAAAAAGGGUCGUGCAUACGUUUAGCCCUUAUAGGUGUACGAAUCCUAAAUCCACUGGAUGUGCUUUGUGGUGAUUCAAGGGACGCAUUUAAACAUACGUAAUAAAACACAAUUUACAGUUAUUAUUUACAAAUACUCGUAUAUACAUACAUAUGUAAUAUAAGUUAUAAAUCUAAAGAAACAAAUCUUGCAUGUUCAAUAAAUCUAUAUGUACCAAAUAAUAUAUAGUAUACCUACCAAUGUAAUUUUUUUUUAGAAUAAAACGUUACAUAAAUA